AUGGUUCGCUUUUCUAUCCUUCCAGCUGCGGCUGUAACCCUGCUCCUUUGUGGAGUUCAGGCUGGGCCCUGUCGACCUUUGACCACCGGAGUUACCAACAUUGCCGAGAGCUCGUCAACUGUUGCCCCAGACACUACAGCUACUUCGUUGGAUACCACGGCGGUUACUACUCUCAUCGAGGCUACCUCCACUGUCCAGGAAGAGUCGACAGCGACUACCGAGACAAGCAUUGCCGAGAGCGUAUCAACAAUUGCAUCUGAUACGACAAUUGGCUCAGUCGAUGUCACUACGACUACUGCCCUUGCGGAUCCUACCACCACGGCCGAGGUUGAGGCUACAACAACCACUGCAGUCCCAGCCUGUGUUGUAACCCAGCUGUUCACCAACCCCGGGUUCGACAACAGCGACAAUGACAUUGCACCCUGGACAAACGACAAAGGCGCUAUAACCCAAACUUCACCUCAAAGUGGCCCCAAUGCUUUGUCCUUCAACCGCUUGGAAAAUUCCUUCGACAGUUUCGGUGUCUCGCAAACUCUGAGCAAUCUUUACGGCACCUACGAGUUUUCUUACCACUACCGUAUGGUCAGUGUCAGUCAGUCUGCUGACUACACGUGCGAUAUUGAGCUAAAAGUGGGAGAUGCUUCCCUUCGUGGCGAUUUUGACUACGAUGUCGGUGGAUGGAAAUCAGGAAGCGUCACCUUUAAUGAUUUGAAGUUUGCACAGGCAGAUGUACAGGUCAUCGCAUCUUGCGGUGGAGAGUAUCACCAAAUCGUGGUUAACCUCGACAGUCUUGCAUUCACGCGCGUUUGCAGCGAGUAG